GCAAGGCCUACACAGUGUGGAAGGUAGAGGUACUCCAAUCCGUUUAGGCUCCUUUUGGCCGUCUCCCAUGGCUGCCUUCCCGGCGUCGUCAGUCUCGCAGCAGCUGGAACUCCCUCCAUCUCGUUUCCGAAGCCUCUUACGUAUCCCCACCAUUUCUCUCUUCGCUUCUCCUUCUUCGUCUUCUCACACUCGUUUACCACCUCUUCGCUGUAGCAGCAUCUGCAGCGACAACAACCUCAGGAUCUCCGAUCGCUGCCAUCUUGAACUGCCAUCUCAGACGAACUCCGAUCCUUCCGCGUCCAAUCUGGUUCGGUUCGCCGCUUCCGCCGUCCUCUUUCUCGGCCUCGGCUUUGCCCUCGGAGCUCGCGCCUGCUCCGCCCAAUUUCCGCCUCCUAUUCAAGAGGAGCAUAUAUCUGGAGAUGAUCAAGACGAAACAAAACUUGACAUUGCUGAAAAUUUAGAAGAUAAAAAGUUGGAAGAAGAAUUCAAGGCUUGGAAAUCCAAAACAUAUGCUCUGACUGUGCCUUUGAGAGUUGUUGCUCUACGUGGCUCUGUACCUCCUUCAUGGGUUAAGGACUUUAUGCGAUCUCAAGGAAGGAGAUUAAAGUUUCAAUUGAAGUCUCAAGGAAGUCUCAAGGGCAUCUUUUCCGAUCUCUCAGUGCCCUUCAACAAAGGCAAUGUUGGGCCUUCAUCUGUUGUGGCAGCUGAUAUGAUUAGUGUUGGUGACUCCUGGCUCAGUUAUGCUAUUAAGAAGGCUAUGAUUCAGUCAAUAGAAGGGGCGGAGAAUCAAGACUGGUUUAAAGCCUUGAGUUCCAGUUGGAAAGUGUAUCUACGCAGGAACAGGGAGGGGGAUAUAGACCCUGAUGGCAAAAUAUGGGCUGCUCCCUAUCGGUGGGGUUGCAUGGUGAUAGCAUACAAGAAAAGUAAAUUUCAAAAGCAUAACCUGGCUCCUAUACAGGAUUGGAAAGAUCUAUGGCGACCUGAACUUGCAGGGAAAAUUUCGAUGGUUGGUUCUCCUAGAGAGGUUGUUGGUGCAGUUUUGAAAUAUAUGGGAGCAUCAUAUAACAUAAGCGACAUCGAUUCACAAGUGGAUGGUGGGAGAGACGCUGUCCAGAGAAACCUCAACUUACUUGCGAAUCAGGUCCGAUUAUUUGACAACACGCACUAUCUAAAAGCAUUUGGAGUUGGAGAUGUUUGGGUGGCUGUUGGGUGGAGCAGUGAUGUGCUUCCUAUUGCCAAGCGAACGUCUAAUGUUGCGGUAGUUGUUCCAAAGUCCGGAGCUAGCCUAUGGGCAGAUCUAUGGGCAAUCCCUGCUGCUUCACGCCUCAAAACAAACCGAAUCGGGGGACGCGUUCGAGGACCAUCUCCGCUCAUCCAUCAGUGGGUGGAAUUCUGCUUGCAAGCUGCAAGAUCAGUUCCAUUUAAGCAAGAGGUAAUCCCUGGUGCAUCUCCUGCUGCCCUUGAAAGUGCUCCUGUUGAAGAGCCAAAUGAGCUAAAAGGAAAACCAAAACUGGACACCAACCUUAUUGCUGGGGUACCUCCACCUGAUAUUUUAGCCAAAUGCGAGUUUUUGGAGCCUUUAUCUGACUCUACAUUGGCAGACUACCAAUGGCUAAUUUCUAGUAUUAAGAAAUCUGACCAUGGUCUGAUCAACAAAAUUUGUCGUCAGAUCUCAUCCUUAAUUCAAACAUUUCCGCUUAAGCUGAAUUUUAAGGCAACUUGAUGAUUGUAACGGGGGUUUCAACAAAAUUUUUCAUUUUUAUAUUUUGAAGUUUACAAAAAAACUAUGUCAUGUAUUUUGAACUG